UAUACCGAAAAAUUUCACGAUAAAGUGAGCUGGCUGAUGACGUAAGAAAAUGCCCCGUGAAAGGGGCUCCCGCCAUUGUUGUUGUUUUUGUUUUGAUCGCCUCUUACCGCAUGCCGAAACCGCCACAUAAUUUCACGGGAUAAUUUCUGUUACUUUCGGGAAAUCAUCAUUUUUUGUUCUCUCAACAUUAGGCCACAUGUCGUUUUAACCUAAAAUACUUACGCUGAUUUGAAGUGUAUCUAGCGUUUACAUGCAUUGGUACACUGAGAUGUCAAUCAUCAUUCUUACAUUUCAUUUUUUUUUUAAUCCUUUUACAGACAUGGAGCGAUUGUUGCGGUCAUCUGGAAAGAGUCCUGACAAGACGAAAAUUGUCAAAAGCCAGAAGAAACGGCGUAUUGACGCAUGGACAAACAAAGAGACCAGAGCCCUUAUCCAGUUCUGCUCCCUGACCUGUGAGGGAUGUUGGGAUCCCAGAGCAUCCCAGGCCUGGCCUAUGAUGAAAUGUGCGUCUCCCUUCUGGAGAAAGGCAGUAGAGUAUGUAGAGCAGCACGGAGGAACAUCAACUCCACGAACAGAAGCAGCCGUCCGAAGUCAUGUCGGCAAGCACCUGCGCAAAAGGUUCCCUGGGGGAAGAUUGGCAGCAGAGAAAGAAUUUUGUGACCCCGUGCCUAGCUGCAGUGCUGUGCCCAGCCCAGACCCUGACCCUGCUCUGUCAACCAGCCCCAGUAGGAGUAGUAGAACUCUGCCACGCACUGCUCUUUUCAGCCCUAAUCCAUCAACAAGCCCAUCUACACCAUACAGCCAGCUUUCAGACAACCUUCUAUUCGCCAGUCCAAUCAGCAACGACAGCGGCAUUCCACCAAGCAGUUCUUCUAUCAACCCUGAUCUGUGGAUGGAUAUUUCCGAUCCUGUGCCAGGAAAAAAGGAUGUGGCGACACAGACAGGCGAAGACAACGGCAUAGGUGGACAGUCAAACCCAGUCAAGGCACACAAAUCCCAGACAGUUCAACAGUCAAACCCGAAUCAACCACUUCUCCACUCAACCCCAGUAAAAGCAAGCCAUCUCAUGGACCUGGACAUGUCAUUCACACCAUCUUCCACGUGCUCAACCCCAGUAAAGAAAAGAGACCUGUCCUACCGUCCCGGCUCUGAAUCGGAAUCUGAAUCUGAAUCUGAAUGUGAGCUUGUAGAUGAAGAAUGCCUCCUAGAAGGAAGAAGGUUUAUCGUUUUUGGUGAGCAGCUGAAAGAACUUUUCCAGAAAUGUCCUUCAUGCGGUGGUCAAACACUACUGGAUACAAAAACCAGAGGUUGUGCCGUUUCUAUCACGUACACGUGCGAAAACAACCACACUGGGACAUGGCAGUCACAACCCUAUGAUAAGGGAAGAGCUCGUGGGAACCUGCUCAUUCCAUCUGCCAUCCUCUUCACUGGCGGGUCCGUAUCGAAAUUCAUUGACUUUGCGGACUGUCUACAGCUCCAGUUUUUCAGCGAACAACACUUCCACAGCAUCCAGCGAACAUUCGCCAUUCCAGUAGUGAAUGAACAUUACCUUAGCCAGCAAAACAUGGCACUCGACUUGUGCAGGGGUGCGCCUAUAGAUAUAAUCGGGGAUGGAAGAUGCGAUAGCCCGGGCCACAACGCCAAGUAUAUGUCUUACACUCUUAUGGAGGAAACCACCGGUCUCAUCUUAGCCAUGGAACUCAUCCAGGUGACUGAAACGGGAACCUCCCAGGCCAUGGAGAAGGAAGGCCUGGAUCGAUGUCUCGCGUUCUUGACAGACCCGGAUGGAGAGGAUAUGGAGGUUCAGUGUCUCACAACAGACAGGCACAGGGGAGCUGGUGCCCUUAUGAGGAAGGUGUACAAAGAGAUCGAACAUCAAUUUGACAUCUUCCACGUCUGUAAAAAUGUGAAAAAGAAGAUUUUCGAUAAGGCCAAAGGAAGAAACUGCGCAGAACUGCUACAGUGGCUCAAAUCAAUCUGCAACCAUCUUUGGUGGGCAGUACAGACCUGUGAGGGGAAUGCAGAGCUACUGAGGGAAAAGUGGACCUCGAUCAUGAACCACACGGCCAAUGUUCACCACUGGUCAGGAAAACAGCUCUUCCACUCCUGCGAGCAUGAGGACUUGGGCAGCGAGGAGGAGAAGACGACAACAACAAAGUGGCUGGAGAUGGGAUCACCUGCUCACAAGGCACUGGGAAAGGUUGUCUACGAACGACAAUUGCUGAAAGACAUGGCGCAGAUGACAAAGUACAAGCACACCGGUGAAGUGGAGGUAUACCACAAUGUGGUCACCAAGUACGCACCAAAGAGGAUCCACUACUCAUACAACGGUAUGAAGGCCCGUGUACAGCUCUCCAUCAUUGACCACAAUGAGAACAUCGGAAGGAAACAGGCAAAGACCCUGAAAGGAGACACAAUGACACGACUGGACUGGAGCAAAAAGCAGAAGCGCUAUGCUGUAAAGAAUGUGUACGAACAGAAGGACUACAGCUUCCGGCAAAAGCUGAUGGCAGACGUCUUGGAAAGGGCACAGAAUGGAAAGAAGACUCCAAUCCCUCGGAGGCCGGAUCUGCCAAAAAACAUUGCUCCUGAACCACGACCAGACAAGGCUCAAGCCCUGGCAGCUCACAGGUCGAGGUUUCCUGACAGGGGAGGACGUACUUAGCAGACUCACACAGGACCUGGAGAGCUGCUGUGUUUUUCUGGGAAAGGUAUGCUUGUUGAGCCAGUCCUUGACUUCUGUACCAUGUUGUAUUUCAUCAUGAGAAAAGUUGGAAAGGUAUACACAUUGUACUCAGCUACAUGUUAUGCUGUGAUAUUCUGACAAAGGUAUGCCUGUUGAGCCAGUCCUUGACUUCUGUACCAUGUUGUAUUUCCUCAUGAGAAAAGUUGGAAAUGUAUACACAUUGUACUCAGCUACAUGUUAUGCUGUGUUAUUCUGACAAAGGUAUGCUUGUUGAGCCAGUCCUUGACUUCUGUACCAUGUUGUAUUUCAUCAUGAGAAAAGUUGGAAAUAUAUACACAUUGUACUCAGCUACAUGUUAUGCUG